AUGAAGAAUCGGGUGAUGCAUCUGGAGGCGGCCCUGGUGAGGUCGGAGCUGGACCUGUGCCGGGCGAGGACCGAGCUCGAGGCGAACCGGCGGGAGGCGGAGGCCCUCAGCCAGGCCAAGGACGCUGCGACCGAUCGUCGAGACCGCCACCCUGUGGUGCCUGGCGACAUCCCGGCUCUUUACCACGCCCUGGAAGGGUCGGUCGUCCUCUUACAGAUCGCCUCGGAGAAGAUGCUCCGCCUGGAGCAUACCAUCGCCAAGCACCGGGAGGCCAUGCCGAGGUACCUCUACAGGGAGCUGCAGGACUGCGUUACUCAGGACGCGAUGCUGCUGUCCCCUCUCCCGCGCCGUCGCCAGCAGCACGGCCACCACCACCUCCACCACCAGCGUUGA